UUUUGAUGUGAAAAGACACAGAGGGGAGCACAGAAUUAUCUUGUGUUUCAUGACAGAAGGGAGGUAUCAUCUUAUCCCUUUUGUUCGGUUUUCCAUCUUACGAACUUCAUAAAGUCCAUUUUCUUCCAAGCAGGUCUGCACAGCUCGGAAUCUCAAAUGACACAGUUUCUAAAUUUCCAACCUUCGAACCGAUUUUAACCAUAAUAUGCAAACACCCAGAAUAACUUUAUACUCAGCACAGGUCCUCCCGCCAAAAUAUCGCUAUAUCCUGCCAAAGUUGCAUAAUUUCCCACCCAAAGGUCACCUUUUUCCACAGAGCCUCUUCUGUAGCAAACGAAGAAUGGCUUCUCUUGGUGGAUCUGGUUUUGUUGUCAGGUCACAGGUGGUGGAUGGUUCUUCAAUUGGUGUUGAUAAUGGUAUCUGUACUUUAAAUGAGUAUGUGGGUAAGGGUGGAAUCGAUGUGGGAGAUGAUCUUGUGGUCUUGCUUGAUCACAUUCAGUAUGCUUGCAAGAGAAUUGCAGCUCUGGUGGCCUCUCCUUUCAAUUCCAGUCUUGGGAAACAGACCAGUCUUGCCGGUAUAAGUGGCUCCGGCAGGGAUGCUCCAAAGCCGCUUGACAUCGUCUCUAAUGAAAUCAUCUUGUCGUCUCUUCGCAAUUCUGGAAAAGUUGCAGUCAUGGCUUCAGAGGAAGAUGAUGCUCCAAUCUGGUUAACUGAUGGUGGGCCAUUUGUGGUGGUAACAGACCCCCUUGAUGGUUCUCGGAAUAUUGACGCAUCCAUUCCAACUGGAACAAUUUUCGGAAUUUACAACCGUCUUGUGGAGCUGGAUGAUCUACCCAAGGAGGAGAAGGCGUUGCUGAAUUCGCUCCAAACUGGAGCGAGGCUUGUAGCUGCUGGCUAUGUUCUGUAUUCAUCAGCUACAAUACUCUGUGCCAGCUUUGGCUCAGGGACACAUGCAUUUACUUUGGAUCAUUCAACAGGAGAUUUCAUUCUCACACAUCCAAGCAUUAAAAUUCCUUCUCGAGGACAAAUCUAUUCGGUGAAUGAUGCACGAUAUUUCGACUGGCCUGAAGGGUUAAGGCGAUACAUCGACACCAUGAGACAAGGAAAAGGCAGAUACCCCAAGAAGUACUCAGCCCGUUAUAUAUGUUCUCUUGUAGCUGAUCUCCAUCGGACUCUCAUGUAUGGAGGGGUGGCAAUGAAUCCCAGGGACCAUCUUCGUAUAGUUUAUGAGGGAAACCCUCUUAGUUUUCUUGUGGAGCAAGCAGGGGGCAGAGGAUCUGAUGGUAAAAACAGGAUUCUUUCAAUGCAACCAGUUAAGCUGCAUCAAAGACUUCCUCUGUUUCUUGGAAGUCUGGAAGACAUGGAAGAGUUGGAGAGUUAUGGAGAUGUUCAACAGAAAGUAAAUCCUGGCUAUGAAGUUUGAAGAUUAGUGACUCUAUUAGUUUAUAAAUCAAUCGCUUGUGUUACUAACAAUGUCCAUCUAUGAAAAAUCCAGAGAUGACACCCAACAAAAAAAAGUUUGUAACUAGUCACUCCAAGUAUCAGUUGUAAAUUUCCAAUC